UAGAACUUAAUGAAAAUAGCAGAUUCAUAGGCUAACAAUGGUCGAAACUCAUUGUCACAUCAGUGAAUUUAUUGACCAUUUGAUUCAGAGGGAUGUCAAAGCGCACCUCACAUGAAACUCUUUCAGUACAGUAACCAGCUUUGAAGUGAAGUCCAUUUGAAGUCAAAGACUGCUUACUAGGAUCAGAGACAUAAUAUAGAUAGGUUCUAUAUGUCUCUGCUAGGAUUUGUUACGGAUCUGGCCUAUAGUUUAUACCUAAUGUUUGACCCUAUGUUAGACUUUGUUGGAAUGCAUUUCUUAUUUAAUAGUAAAUAAUUCUAACCACAAUAUGAAACUAGAUUCUAGAUACAAUUUGUUUAUCUAUUGGGUCAAAGGUCAAUGUCAUCAAGUAAAAGAGCUAAGGUCAAAUCUUGUAUGUUUUAGCAGGUCAUUGGUCAAAGGUCAGAUCACAUUUGAUAUGUACCUCGCAGCUGGAGAGGGUGUACUAAAAUUACGCCAUUCUGACCUACAUUUUGACCUUUAACCUACUGUACGAUCAAAGAAUAAAUUGUCUUGUCACUAUAUCUUCUACAUGUACAAUACUUGAAUGGGUUCACCUACCAGGUGAGGCGAUGUGUUAUGUACCAAAAGUAGGUCAUUCAGACCUACAUUUUGCACUUUGACCUACGACCUGUUUCGGGCUGUGUGAUUGCCUGAAUUGCCUUGUUGGAACAAAAUAUUUUAUUGCAUCUUGGUUGGCUUUAAAUGUAGUUAAAUGACAACUUUUUUUUAAAUAAUCUAGAUGGAUCGAAUACGACGAAUAUUCGGGAUGAAGAGAGAAGAUUCUUCUCAUGAUUACCAGAGUUGGAAAGGCGACUCCAGUUUAGACCCCAAACUUGUGGCAAAUCAGGACUGUUUAGAAUGUAGAGUUAUAGGGACAGCAGUGCCUAUUGGUGCAGCAGGGUAUAUCCUGUAUCAUUACAGAAAAAAGAUGGGUGUUUACAAAGGACGUGAAGCAGUGCUAUGGAAUAUUCUGUGUUUAGGAAUGUCAUCAGCCUUGAUUCUACUUGGAGGUUGCCGCUUCUUUAGUUGUGGAAUAUUCAAGCACAUAAAAACCAAUUCAACGACGAGCACAUCACAAGAACGAUGACCAUUAUUGAUUUAAAGCCAUUAUACUUGUUACAUGUCAACAUCUUUACAGUUCUCAUAAAUAUUCAUAAAGAAAAGCUGGUCUUUUAAUACGCCUGUCAAAUUUGACAGGGGGUAUUAUGGUAUGGCGCUGUGCGUCCAAAUUCCCAUGUCCAUCAUAAACUUUUGUUUCUCCAGAGCAUAUCCUACAUUUAUUGACUAACAUUUUUGAAACUUGGAAUGUAUUUUAAUGAUGUAUAGUCUUCUUGUGUUUCCCUGAAGGGACUUAAUUUUGAUUUGACUGUUUUUGCCCUGUUAUCAGUAUUUCUCAAUUUUUCAGACUCUAUCAAUACUGAAGAUUAUGCCCUUGAUUGGUUAUUAUGCCCUUGAUGUUUUUUUCUGAAGAUCUACAUUUUUCAACCAAUUUCUUUGAAACGUAGGAUUUACAGCUAUGAUAAAAACAUAUAUACCGGGUAUGUAGUUAGGUUUCCCUGAAAAGCAUUUAAUUUUAUUCAACUAUUUUAGUAAAAGUUAUUGCCCUUUGUUUGUUUCUGUAUUUUUUUCAUAAAGCCUACCAAUUUUCAACCAAUUUCUUUGAAAAUUGGUAGGCUUUAUAAUCAUGAUAUCAAGUUGUGUUAAAUGAGUUGGAACCUACUUCAGUAACUUUUGAUCCCUGGUAUUCCUCAAACUGUUUGAAAAUUAACAUUGACUUUGUAGUGAGAGAUGAGGAUCAAACAUGCCACCUAUACCACUCAUAAGGUGAUGGGAAUCUGAUUUCAAUACCAGAGAGUAUAUAAUGCUAUAUGUCAUCCGACUGGCAUUAAUUAUUCCGCCCCAUUGCACUCUUGUUAAAUAUAGCAGAAAUAUACAUCUGAUGUACAUUCCUGAACUAAAUGCAUGUGUAAUAGUUAAAAAGUUGAGUUUUAAUUCAUAAAAGAUAUGAUAUUGAAUCUAUUGUGUUGAAGACAAUUUACUCUGUGGAGUUAUAAACAGUAACAUUUAUUUCAGGUGUUUAUAAGGGACAAUUCUUUUGGCUGAACAUGUAUAGACGUACAUGAUGAGGCUGCCCAAUUUCAACAUAGAUUAAACAAGAAGUAUAAUGAUUUAACAAAAGUUUAGUUACAAUAUACAUUUUGUAGUUGAAUAUUACUGAUCAAUACAUUUUCGUCGAUAUCAAACAUGUAACUGUAUUUUAAUGUUUGUCAUAGCAAAUAACUCAUAUUAUUUCAUAUAUAUAAUCUUCCAGGAUGGCUUUGUUCAUGAGGAUUUAUGAAAUGAUUAUGUAUAAAAUUAUAUAUGUAUUUAUGGUUUUGUGAAUAAAUAAAUGUCAAACUGUUC